UUCAUAUGUACGGGCUCCAGUGCUUUCUGAAAGAUGGUCGUUGGUCGGCUCUCGACCGAUGCUCCGCGACGCGUCAUGCGCGUCUCGUCGGGAACAUUUUUGGACACGAAAUCGACUGUUUUGUGGGCUGCAGCGUCACGUGACCCGCACGCGCCUCGGGUAAAGAUGGCGCCCGGCGGUUAGAAAACAAGCAGCGCGAGCAGCGGCGACAUCCUGCACUCCGCCGCGACGUUUGGGAUCCAUAGAAACCGAGUGGAACAAUGGAUCCUGGACAAGAUUUGCUUCUGGCUGCUCUUAGUGAAAGUGGAAUCUGCCCUAAUGAUCUAUUUGAUGUUGAUCCUCAGGACACGCUUCCACUCCCUGCUUCACAACAGUCAGUCUCAUUAAAUGCACUUGACAUCGGUCUCCGUAAUGAAGCUUCUGGAGUUGUCAGGGUUGAACCUGCAGUUCCACCUACUCCUACAGUCACAAUCAGGGAGAAGCCUCAGCCCUCAACAACCACCUUCGUUUUAAAUCAACUGAAUCAGUUGCCAUCGCUGGGUACAAUUGUAGUGACCAAACCAUCAGCCGGGACCACCGCCAGGCAGACCAUCAGAGUAACCAAGGUGGUACACACAAGUUCGACAGCACAACGGAGCUCUUUGUCCUCUCCCGCCGUUUGCACUGUGGUCCCACCGAAUAAUGAGCAGAUCAGAUUGAAGGACCUUCUCAGAACCAGCAGCCUGAAGACAAGCAGCCUUGGAGAGCUUAUGAAGUUGAAGCCCCCACCUGACAUAGCACGACCUGUUGCUACGGCAACAGCCACAGGCACAACGGAAUUAAACAAUGGCUUGAAAAAGGAAGUGUCCAGCAAAGAUGUAGCAAGAAUCUGGGUCAAUGAUGACAUGAAAAUGCGGAGCUUCUCACCUGUAAAUAAAUUGCCAGGAAUGAAGGAGGAAGAGGAACCAGAGGAAGAGGAAGAGGAGGAGCUGGGUCAUGCGGAGACAUAUGCGGAAUACAUGCCGAUGAAACUGAGAAUUGGACUGCGGCACCCUGAUCCUGUGGUGGAGACCAGCUCUCUGUCAAGUGUCAACCCGCCAGAUGUGUGGUACAGACUUUCCAUUCCAGAGGAGAUUAUAGAUAGAGGCUGGUUAUCUGCCCUACAGCUUGAGGCCAUCACGUAUGCUGCUCAGCAACAUGAGACAUUCCUACCAAAUGGAGACAGAGCAGCGUACUUGAUUGGAGACGGGGCCGGCGUUGGAAAGGGUAGAACUAUUGCUGGAAUCAUAUAUGAAAAUUAUCUUCUUGGGAGGAAAAGAUCCCUCUGGUUUAGUGUCUCAAAUGACUUGAAAUACGAUGCAGAGAGGGACUUGAGAGACAUCGGAGCAAAGAACAUUCAGGUCUAUUCGCUAAACAAGUUCAAAUAUGGAAAGAUCUCAUCGAAACACAAUGGGAGUGUGAAAAAAGGUGUGAUCUUUGCCACAUACUCAUCCUUGAUUGGAGAGAGCCAGUCUGGGGGAAAGUACAAGACGAGAUUCAAACAGUUACUACACUGGUGUGGAGAUGACUUUGAUGGUGUUAUCAUAUUUGAUGAGUGUCACAAAGCCAAAAAUGUUUGCCCUAUUGGGUCAUCCAAGCCCACAAAGACCGGGCUAGCGGUUUUAGAGCUGCAGAACAAGCUGCCAAAAGCUCGGGUUGUGUACGCAAGUGCUACAGGAGCAUCCGAGCCCCGCAAUAUGGCCUACAUGAAUCGCCUUGGGAUCUGGGGGGAAGGAACUCCUUUUAAGGAAUUUACUAAUUUUAUCCAAGCUGUUGAAAGAAGAGGUGUUGGUGCCAUGGAGAUUGUUGCCAUGGAUAUGAAGCUGAGAGGAAUGUACAUUGCUCGACAGCUGAGCUUCACAGGCGUGACGUUUAAAAUCGAAGAAGUUCCCUUAACGCUGGACUACAUCAAGAUGUACAACAAAUCAGUUCGCUUGUGGGUAAGAGCAAGAGAGAAGUUCCAGCAAGCCGCUAACCUGAUGGAUGCAGAACAACGGAUGAAAAAGUCCAUGUGGGGUCAGUUCUGGUCCGCUCACCAGAGGUUCUUCAAGUACCUGUGCAUUGCUUCCAAGGUUCGGAGAGUGGUGCAGCUGGCCAGAGAGGAGGUUAAAAAUGGAAAGUGUGUGGUGAUUGGUCUUCAAUCAACUGGAGAGGCUCGAACCCUUGAGGCCUUGGAGGAGGGAGGAGGCGAGCUCAAUGACUUUGUCUCCACUGCAAAGGGUGUACUGCAGUCCCUGGUGGAGAAGCAUUUUCCUGCACCAGACAGACAAAAACUCUUCAGUCUUUUAGGCAUUGACCUAAGUGUGAAGGAAACACCUUCACCUUCAGAAACCUCCACUGAGCAGAAAGGCAAAAAGCGAAGAGGUCCAGAAACAAAGAAGCAAGUCAAGAAGGCUCGUAAAUCUGGUGGUCUGUCUGGUACCAGCUCAGAUGAGAGCAACUCUGACGAUUCAGACAAAGAUGUGGAAAGCGACGACAGCUUUAAUUCGGUCAGCUCAGGGGAGGAGGAUGAAGAUGACUUCAACCCCUUUAAGGAUGAUUCCAGUGAGGAUGAGGAAGAUGAUCCGUGGCUCAUCAGAAAAGACACUAAAAAGAGCAAAGACAAGAGGAACAAGAAGAAGAAGAAGAAAAAGAGCAUUGAUCCAGACUCUAUUCAAAGUGCCUUGUUAGCCUCCGGGCUUGGAACAACCAGACCCACUUUUACAACCCCCACCAUCAAACCUUCAAACAACACGGUUGCUGUAGCCAAAAGUGAGCCAGAGGAGAGCAGCUGUGUGACCAGUCAGGAUGCUGUUGAAGAUGCCCAGCGGAUGAAGAGGGACCUGCUGGAGCAACUGGAGCAGCUGGCAGAGAAUCUGCCGCCUAAUACGCUCGAUGAACUCAUUGAUGAGCUGGGAGGCCCUGAUAUUGUUGCAGAGAUGACUGGCCGCAAGGGCAGGGUAGUCAGCAAUGAUGAUGGCACCAUUUCCUACGAGUCUCGAUCAGAGCUUGACGUUCCAGUUGAAAUCUUAAACCUCACGGAGAAGCAGAGGUUCAUGGAUGGUGAUAAGAACAUUGCAAUUAUCUCAGAGGCUGCCAGCUCUGGGAUUUCACUUCAAGCCGACCGCAGAGUGAAGAACCAGAGGAGGAGGGUGCACAUGACAUUAGAGCUGCCCUGGAGUGCUGACAGAGCUAUUCAGCAGUUUGGUCGAACACACCGAUCCAACCAGGUCACAGCACCUGAGUAUGUGUUUCUCAUCUCUGAACUUGCUGGAGAGCAACGAUUCGCUUCGAUUGUUGCCAAACGACUAGAAAGCCUGGGGGCGUUAACGCAUGGAGACAGAAGGGCCACAGAGACGAGAGAUCUCAGCCGAUUUAACUUUGACAACAAAUACGGCAGAAACGCUCUGGAAAUAGUUAUGAAGUCUAUUGUCAGUCUGGACUCUCCGUUAGUGUCUCCACCUGCUGACUUUGACGGGGAUUUCUUUAAAGAAAUCCGCAAUGGUUUAAUUGGAGUGGGGCUGAUAAAUGUGGAGGAUAGAUCUGGUGUUCUCUUACUGGAAAAAGACUACAACAACAUUGGGAAGUUCUUGAACAGAAUUCUUGGUAUGGAGGUCCAUCAACAAAAUGCUCUCUUUCAGUAUUUCUCCGACACUUUGAACGCUGUCAUUCAAGUGAAGAAAGUUGAUGUAAAGAAAUUCUUGACACCAGGAUAUUCCACCUCAGGGCAUGUGGAGCUCUAUACAGUGAGUGUGGAACGGGGAAUGUCAUGGGAGGAUGCCACCCACGUCUGGGCCGACCAGAAUGGACCGGAUGAUGGCUUUUACGUACAGGUGCGGAAUAACAAGAAAAUCUCCAUCCUGGUAAAGGAGGUCAAUCCCAGAAAGAGACUCUUUAUGGUGUACAGACCAAAUAUAGGAAAGCAAGUUAAACUGGAGACCUAUGCAGACAUCAAGAAGAGAAGUAAAAAGGUCCUCUCUGAUGAUGCCAAGCAGCACUGGAUUGAUCAGUACAACUCCUCGGCUAACGUCUGCUCGCACGCGUACUGGCGAGGGAACUGUAAGAAAGUGUCGGUGGGGCUACAGUGUGAGAUCGGCCUGCGGUGCAGGAUGUACUACGUCCUCUGUGGCUCCGUCCUCAGUGUGUGGACCAAAGUGGAGGGCGUACUGGCUUCAGUCAGCGGAGCCAACGUGAAGAUUCAGAUUGUACGUUUGAGAACAGAGGACGGGCAGAGAAUUGUUGGUCUGAUCAUUCCUGCCAACUGCGUGUCGCCCCUGAUCAACAUCCUGUCGUCAUCGGAUCAGUCUCAGCAGCUGGCUGUGCAGCAGCAGCAAAUGUGGCAGCAACUCCAUCCGCAGAGCAUCAGCCACACCGUCAACACAUAGCGUGACACGAACACCCCUCACUUUCGGGCAGAUGCAGGCAUCGUAAGCCAGCCAGCCACCCUUCCUCUCCCGGCACGCCGUGAGGAAGACAGUGCUUGUGUCGUAUUUAAUAUUUCAGGGUUCGUGUCCAAAGAGGACUCAUUGCCAAAGCAGCUAAAGAAUCAGAGCUCUGUGCGUCAGGAAACAGCACUGAGAGGGGAGAAACUGGACGAUAUUUGGUCAGUCUGUUGCCUUUUCACAACCUCCAGUCUGCUAAAUCAUGGCCUGUGCUUUCCAUCGACAUGAGUGGCUUUAUGAAGUCACAUACACUACUUUGUACACAGGACAGCGCUCAGGGUUACUCACAAUCUAUUUUCUUUUCCAUUUCUAUUUUUUCGUCUCGCACGGCCUCCAUCUGUCCCCACCUUCAGCCUUCUGACCCAGCAUGUCUUGGGCAUGACGCUGCUUGUUUACCACUUAAUACAGAACCUGAUUUAAAAGCAGGAAUGCGCUGGCUUAACGAUGGGUGUAAGAGGUGCAAACCCAACCCUAAAGACUUUAUCGAGACGUUGCAUGGUUUGACGAACCCUUUGGAUUUUUAGUUUACGGAAGCGGGUCAGCAGGUUUUCACUGCUUUCCAGCGUUUCAGUUUGAGUGUGAUUUGUAAACUGGAGUGUCCUCUACAAAAGGCCACAUCAAUCAAUACUUUUGCUCAAUUUUUCUAUUUCUUGCUUUUAAUAAUUUGCCGUCACUCUUGUUAUUGGGGACAAAGAGCUCCCGAACCUCAUUUCUGCUGUAAAUGCUGGACUUUGACACACGCUCGGUCUCUCUACUAUAUCUCGAUGUAUAGUUGCAUAUCUCAAAUGUCAUGUUUUUGCUGAAUUGUAGAUUGUCAUUCAUCCUUGCACGAGUUGCACUACUGAUGGAUCUGUUGUACAAAGAAUCUAUGGAAAAAUUUAACUGACUGCAAGAUCUCUACUCUUGCAUUUGACCAAUAAAUCUUGUGGAUUACCU